GUGAACCAGCAGAACCAAGAAGAAGACUCCGUCCUGAUCUGAAGAGAGAUUCAGCGCCUCUUCCUCCUCCUGCUUCUUCAUCCUCAUCGUCAGACACGAUGCUGCGCGGCUCCGCUCUCCUCCUCCUCCUCGCGCUCAGCUCCACCUUCAGCUUCGAGCUGCUGCCGGAAGAGGCGGCUCCCCGCCGGGCACGAUUCUCCGCCAACAGCCCGUCUGAUGUGGCCAGAUGUUUGAGUGAAUCUGUAGGUGUGGGUUGUGGAUUCUUCUCCUGCCUUGAAAACUCCACCUGUGACACCGAUGGGAUGCAUGAGCUCUGUGAACUGUUCCUCCACACAGCUGCCAGCUUCAACACAGAGGGUAAAACCUUUGUGAAGAAGAGUCUGCACUGCAUCUCACAGGGAAUCUCAAGCAAAGUUUUUCAAACUGUCCGCCGCUGCAACAUCUUUCAGAGGAUGAUCGCUGAGGUGCAAGAGGAGUGUUACACCAGUCUGGACAUUUGCACCGUGGCUCGCACUAACCCUGACUCCAUUGGAGAGGUAGUACAGGUGCCAGCUCACUUCCCCAACAGAUAUUAUAGCACCCUGCUGCAGACCCUGCAGACCUGCGACGAGCCCACCGUGGAGGUGGUGAGGGUCGGCAUCACUGCCCGCCUGGGCCCUGACAUGGAGACUUUCCUCCAGCUCAUCCAGAACAAACCCUGCACCCGCAGCUCUGACUCCUCAGCCUACAGCAACCCAUCCAGCUGGAGGAACAUGCCCGUGUUCAACGUCCAGCCUGGUUUUACAGGCCGAGACCCCACCCAUCUGUUCGCCAGGAAGAGAUCUGUGGACAACCAGGAGAGGGAGGCAGCAGAUAAAACCGACAAGUAAAUGAAACAAACACACA